AUGCUCUCCGCACCGACUCAACGCACUACCACGCUCACCGACCAUCAGGUCGAUCUCGACAAGAUCGACGAUGACAUUGAUUAUUACAAGAAGCGAAUCAAGUUUCUGCAGCAGGACAUACCCAAUAUGGAACUGCACAUGCAGUUCGCAGAUGAAGACUCUAAGAAGUAUAUCAGGGUCUACAUCAAUUGGGCUCGUAGCGAGAUCGAACGCUACAAUCAGAAGAUCAAGGAUCUCCCAGUACCGUAA